CUCAUCCUCACCCCAAACAAACCCAACUGUCUCCUUCCUUUCAUCUAUCAUCAUGGGUGUGAUCCCACUUUCAACUUUUUUCUGUUCAUAUGCAUAUAUUUUGGUUGGACUUUUUUUUUUCUUUUUCCAUUUUAUUUUUAUGGGAACCGACUGAGCUAAAAUAGAAAGUGAUCUCAGUACUGUUAGAGCCAGGUACCAGUAGAAAUUCGAGAUCGUGCUAUUUUAUUUAUGGAUGCGAUGAACGACCUCCAUUAUCCUUCUUUGGAAACGGAACCGCCCCCAUAAAUAUGGCUUUCUUUUUCCCUAUCAUGGCUUCAGCUUGAGACUCCCUCCCUCUCUUGGAUCCAUGUCUUGAAGAAUGUUACAUAAAUAAUUGUGAACCCAUCAAGGAAGUUGUCUGUGAGUGUGUAUAUCUUUAAGAAACACUAAUAAUACUACUCCCGGUGGUCCCUGCUAAGUGCAAAGUGCGAAGUGCUGGGAUUAAAGGGAGGGCAGAGACAGUGGAGGCAGUGAUCGAGAUGUUGUGGGGUUUUCCAUGAAUGGGUCGGGGUUUCCUGGACACACUUUGGAUUCUUUAAAACUUUCUCCAAGCUGUUUUCAUAUCAGUUUGGCCAGACUAGUUCUCAGAGAAUUGGCUUUCCCUUCCUGCAGCUCAACAGAUAACAAGUUUGCAUAAAUGUCUUCUUCAAGGCCCAGCCACUCGUCAAGCAAUUCAGGGCGCUCGAGACACAGUGCUAGGAUCAUUGUGCAGACCACUGUCGAUGCAAAGCUCCAUGCAGAUUUUGAGGAGUCAGGUGAUUCUUUUGAUUACUCAAGCUCAGUGCGGGUUACCGGGGCAGUUAGCGGAGAUCAACAACCUAGGACUGACAAAGUAACAACAGCUUACCUCCAUCACAUACAGAAAGGGAAGCUGAUCCAACCAUUUGGUUGCUUGCUAGCCUUGGAUGAGAAAACUUUCAAAGUCAUUGCAUACAGUGAGAAUGCUCCUGAAAUGCUGACUAUGGUCAGCCAUGCAGUCCCAAGCGUUGGGGACCACCCAGUUCUCGGCAUUGGAACAGAUGUGAGAACCAUAUUCACUGCCCCCAGUGCCUCUGCAUUGCAAAAGGCCCUGGGAUUUUGGGAGGUUUCUCUCUUGAAUCCCAUCUUAGUUCACUGCAAGACAUCUGGGAAGCCCUUUUAUGCAAUUGUCCAUCGGGUAACGGGUAGUUUGAUCAUCGACUUCGAGCCGGUCAAGCCUUAUGAAGUCCCCAUGACUGCUGCCGGGGCCCUGCAAUCAUACAAGCUUGCGGCGAAAGCAAUUACCCGAUUGCAGUCAUUACCAAGUGGCAGCAUGGUAAGGCUUUGUGAUACAAUGGUUCAAGAGGUUUUUGAACUCACUGGUUAUGACAGGGUGAUGGCAUAUAAAUUUCAUGAUGACGAUCAUGGGGAAGUGGUCUCUGAGAUCACAAAGCCAGGACUAGAACCAUAUCUGGGUUUGCAUUAUCCAGCUACCGAUAUCCCUCAGGCCGCACGCUUCUUAUUUAUGAAGAAUAAGGUCCGUAUGAUUGUUGAUUGUCAUGCAAGACAUGUGAAAGUGCUUCAAGAUGAGAAGCUUCCAUUUGAUCCGACGUUGUGUGGUUCAACCUUAAGGGCACCGCACAGUUGCCAUUUGCAGUACAUGGAGAAUAUGAAUUCCAUCGCCUCUCUAGUGAUGGCAGUUGUAGUUAAUGAGGGGGAUGAAGAGGGAGACUGUUCUAAUUCUGUGCAGCCACAAAAGAGAAAGAGACUCUGGGGUUUAGUAGUAUGCCAUAACACAACUCCGAGGUUUGUUCCAUUCCCUCUUAGGUAUGCCUGUGAGUUUCUAGCUCAAGUAUUUGCCAUCCAUGUGAAUAAGGAAUUGGAGUUGGAAAAUCAAAUUGUUGAGAAGAACAUCUUGCGUACCCAAACACUCUUGUGUGAUUUGCUGAUGCGAGAUGCACCCUUGGGAAUUGUGUCACAGAGCCCAAAUAUAAUGGAUCUUGUGAAGUGUGAUGGAGCUGCUUUAUUGUACAAGAACAAGAUAUGGAGACUGGGAGUAACUCCAAGUGAUUUCCAGCUGCAUGACAUAGCCUCAUGGCUCUCAGAGUACCAUAUGGAUUCAACAGGUUUAAGUACAGAUAGCUUGUAUGAUGCAGGGUUCCCGGAGGCUCUUGCUCUUGGUGAUGUAGUAUGUGGAAUGGCAGCUGUGAGGAUAACUUCCAAGGACAUGAUUUUCUGGUUUCGAUCCCACACUGCUGCAGAAAUUCGAUGGAGUGGUGCAAAGCAUGAACCUGGUGAGAAGGAUGAUGGUAUGAGGAUGCACCCAAGAUCGUCAUUCAAGGCUUUCCUUGAAGUUAUGAAGACAAGGAGUUUACCCUGGAAGGACUAUGAAAUGGAUGCAAUCCAUUCUCUGCAGCUUAUCUUGAGGAAUGCAUUCAAAGAUAUUGAAACAAUGGAUAUAAGCACCAAUGCCAUCCAUAUGAAGCUCAGUGACCUCAAAAUUGAAGGGAUGCAAGAACUAGAAGCAGUGACAAGUGAGAUGGUCCGUUUAAUUGAAACGGCCACAGUGCCAAUUCUGGCAGUUGAUGUUGAUGGGCUGAUUAAUGGGUGGAACACAAAGAUUGCUGAUUUAACUGGUCUUCCUGUUGAUAAAGCAAUCGGAAAGCAUUUGCUCACACUUGUGGAAGAUUCUUCAACUGAUACAGUCAAGAGGAUGUUGUACUUGGCAUUGCAGGGCAAUGAAGAGCAGAAUAUCCAAUUUGAGAUCAAAACGCAUGGGUCUAAGAGUGAUUCUGGUCCCAUCAGCUUAGUAGUGAAUGCUUGCGCAAGUAGGGAUCUUCGAGAUACUGUUGUGGGUGUUUGUUUUGUGGCCCAAGAUAUCACUGGUCAGAAGAUAGUUAUGGACAAGUUCACUCGGAUUGAAGGUGAUUACAAAGCUAUUGUACAAAACCCAAACCCUUUGAUCCCCCCAAUAUUUGGUACGGAUGAAUUUGGGUGGUGUUCUGAGUGGAAUCCAGCAAUGACAAAGUUAAGUGGGUGGACACGAGAAGAAGUUAUAGAUAAAAUGCUUUUGGGAGAGGUUUUUGGGACACACACGGCAUGCUGUCGUCUCAAGAAUCAAGAAGCUUUUGUAAACCUUGGAAUUGUACUUAAUAAUGCCAUGACUGGUCAGGAACCUGAAAAGGUCUCUUUUGGUUUCUUUGCUCGGAGUGGAAAGUAUGUAGAAUGCCUGCUAUGUGUGAGUAAGAAAUUGGAUAGAGAGGGUGCAGUCACUGGAGUCUUUUGCUUCUUGCAGCUUGCUAGCCAAGAGCUGCAACAAGCACUUAAUGUCCAGCGUUUAUUAGAGCAAACUGCCUUGAAGAGAUUGAAAGCAUUGGCUUAUAUAAAAAGGCAGAUACGGAAUCCUCUGUCUGGGAUUAUAUUUUCUCGGAAAAUGAUGGAGUGUUCUGAGUUAGGAUUUGAACAGAAAGAGCUUCUGCUUACUAGUGCCCAGUGCCAGCGCCAGCUCAGCAAGAUUCUUGAUGACUCAGAUCUUGAUAGCAUAAUUGAAGGCUACUUGGAUCUCGAAAUGGUUGAGUUUACACUGAAUGAAGUACUGGUUGCCUCUAUAAGUCAAGUCAUGACAAACAGCAAUGGAAAGGGAAUCCGAAUGGUCAAUGAUGUGGCAAAGGAGAUUGUGAAUGAAACCUUAUAUGGUGAUAGUCUUAGGCUUCAACAGGUCUUAGCUGAUUUCUUGUCGAUAUCAGUCAACUACACUGCAACUGGAGGCCACCUCAUUCUUGUAGCCAGUUUGACCAAAGAUCAGUUGGGGCAAUCUGUUCAUCUUGCACAUCUUGAGCUCAGGAUAAUACAUUCAGGCGGAGGGGUGCCAGAAGCAUUGCUGAACCAGAUGUUUGGAAGUGAUGGAGAUGCAUCUGAGGAGGGCAUCAGCCUGCUCAUUAGCAGAAAGUUAUUAAAGCUCAUGAAUGGAGAUGUACAGUAUCUGAGGGAAGCAGGCAAAUCAACCUUCAUCAUUUCUGUUGAACUUGCUGCAGCACAUAAGUUGCAGGCGUAAAGGAUUUUCAAGGAGAAAAUGUUGUGCAAUCUGUUAUGUACAGUUGCAGGGGAACAGAAACUCAAAGUUGUAUUUGACUUGCUAUGUGAUUUUCAUUUAUUUAUUUAUCUUCUUGGACA